AUGGCUGAGCUGUUGUUGCAAGUCAACAACGACAAGGAGAAGUUCAUCACCGAGCUUGAGCUCAUCGUUCGCAAGAUCAAGAAGUUCGUUCUUCAUAUCGACGAAGGCUGGUACAGCGAACAAGAGAUGAAGAGCGAGCUCAAGUGGUCCCAGACAAGAAUCAGUGGUGCCAAGAAGAUCUGCGACGCGAACCCGGCGCUGACCAGGUGCAACCAAUAUGACGGCGUCAAGGAAUAUUACGUGACAGUCAGAGAGACAGCCAAGCAUGUUCAUGCGCAAGAGAACGAGCACACCGAGAAGACGAUUCAGAAGGCCUACCCUCGAAUCGUUCGAACAUCCCAAGGCUCAUAUAACCCGGACAAGCCAUCUGUAAAUCUGUAA